AUGGCGCCGCGGACGAUCAUCGACGCCGGUCCCGGUCUUCACGUCGACGCGCUGCAGAUCACGCCCGAGUACGUCGCGUGCGUCGCGUCCAAGUUCACCGGUCGCCUGUGGCAGGGCUACGUCCGCGCGCGCGCGGUGGGCGACGAUCCAUCAUCAGACGGCGUCGUCGGUCCGUCAGCGUCGUCGUCGGAGGCGACGCCCGCGAAGACGACCGCCGGGAUCGCGACGCUCGCGGCCGUGGGCAACAGCGACUUCGUCACCGGCAACGACGCGGGCGUGAUCGAGCAGUGGCGCGUCGUCGACGGCGCCGUCGCGCGCGUCGACGCCGCGCGCGCGCACGACGGUGCCAUCACCGCGGUCGCGCACGUCGCGCCGUCCUCGCUCGUCACCGGCGGCGUCGACGGGAGACUGCGAUGGUGCGAGCUGACCGCGCUGGACGUCGCGACCGCGACGGUGCAGCGCGCGCACGUCAGCGCGGUCCUCGCGAUCGCGGUGAACCCGAGCGAUCCCUCGCUCGUCGCCACGAGCGGCGAAGACGGCGUCGUGAAGGUGUGGAAGGUGAAGGCGGCCGCGGGAGACGGCGACGGUACAGCUCGCGACAGCUGUCAGCUGUCGGCGGCGCGCGCGGGCGCCGACGUCAGAGACGACAUGGGCAAAGCGCACGCGCUCGCGUGGUGCGGCGACGACGUCCUCGCGGUCGGGUACGAGCGCGGCGAGAUCGUCCUCUUCGAGACGACCGCGCUGGACGCCCUGCGCACGCGCGCGGUCGUGGAGGCGCACGGCGACGCCGUCAGAGGGCUCGCGUGGGACGACGUCGGGAAGCGGCUGGCGUCGUGCGGCGACGACGGCGUCGUCGCGAUUCACGCGGGGGAGGUGCCGCGGUCGACGAGGGAGGCGAAGCGGCACGACGGGGCGUACGUGAGGUGCGUCGCGUGGGGGCGGGUCGAGGGAGGGGGGGAUGGGGAGGACGAGGUGGUCAGCGGCGGGUGGGACGGCGAGGUGAAGGCGGGAUGA